AACAAACAGGCUAAGCAGAUAAGAUGAAAUAGGAAGUUGCUCAACUUCUGAUGAGGAUUUUCCAUUCUAGUUCUAGAGGGAGGAAGAGAAGUAGAAAGCAAGAGAGAUGGCGGGAGCUUCCAUAUCUUCUUCUUGUUGGAGCUUAACUGGAAAAUUCAAAACCCUUUCUCUCAAUCCCUCUCACCCAAAUCCAAAUGCUGCUGCUUUCAAGCCCCUAAGCUUUUCUGCUAACACUUCGGUCAAUCUAUUUUCCAAAGGGUUUGUUUCGCUGACUCAUCUGCAAAGGCCGUCACGUCGUUCCAUUGUUUGCGAAGCUGCUCCAACGAAAAAAGCAGAUUCAGCUGCCAAAAGAGCACGCCAAGCUGAGAAGAGGCGAAUUUACAACAAAGCUCGAAAAUCUGAGGUCAAAACUCGGAUGAAGAAGGUUUUGGAAGAAUUGGACAGCCAGAGGAAGUUCUUACCAUCGAGAAGCUGAUAGCAGAGGCAUAUUCAGUAAUUGAUAAAGCAGUCAAAGUAGGAACGCUUCACAGGAACACUGGAGCAAGAAGGAAAUCACGGCUUGCAAGAAGAAAGAAAGCAGUUGAGAUCUAUCAUGGCUGGUAUGUACCAUCUCCAGCCGCUGAACCUGCUUCUGCAGCAACAGUUUAGCCUUUUCCUUGUUGAAUGUAAAGCAGUGACUUGAGUAAUCAGCUACCUAGAGUAUGAUGAAUUAUUUCACAUUUUUAUAUUUUAUAUCAACUUGUUUGUGCAAUCAUUGUCCUCUUCUGUAGCACGGAAAUCAGCAAUGCGAUUUUAUUUGUUAAAGACA